AUGUCUCUUGCGGACAGGUCCUCUCCAGUCGCGGAGGGUGGUCACUCCAUCGAUAUGCCAGGCACACAGGCACCCCAGAGCAGAUCCGAGUUGGCCGUAUCCGCCCAGCCACCAGCUUUCGAUGAGCCCAUCUUCGAGAAGUUCGACGACAUUGAUAGCCACGUACCAGAGUUGCCGCCGAAGAGCCUUCUCAGGGCGUCCAGGUUCCUCGACAACCACGGACUCAAACUGGGUAGUGUGGUAGAGCCGGCCGAGCUAGGCCAGGCUACGACUCCUCACGAUGUGUACCUCUCUUCCGAAGAGGAAGCAUCGUCAGACGCGGACGACUACUCCGACUUCGACUAUGACUCGAGCGUUGAGGACCUCACUUCGCCCACAAGGCAGGCCGGUCAUGAAGACACCGCUAGGGUGGUGUCGGUUGUAUUCUCGGGAAGGCCGUCGAUUGUGAACCUCCCAGCGUCCCGGAAAAGACCAGUAUCUGGUGUUUCUCUAGGCACGACCGAGACACGGUCAAGCAUCGACUCGGCCGUGUCAGCCAAACCGUCGACAACAGCAUCGACCACAACCGAGGACCGACCAGGGACGCCUGCCAGCAACAGGUCCUCACGGCCGCCGUCGAACAAUAGCAGAUCCCCGAACAGGAAGAGUAUGCUCCUAUCCGAGAUCUUGGUCAAGAAGAAGCCGCCAUUCCUCAACAUCGACCCUUAUGCCAACAGCACCUUGGAUGUCCCCAAGGCACUCGACAGUCUCGAAAGCGAACACCUGGCCAAGACGCCACGUACACCAACACUGUUGCUCAAGGGCGUGGCUAGGUCCUUCAGCUUGAUGCGAAAGCGGAGUAGGCCCACGAUGAAUGCCGAUGCCCCUCCUGUCCCCAAGCUGAACCUCGCUCUCGAUUCGGAGAAGGCAAAAGCGAGCCAGGAUCUGAUACAGUCGGUUGCCACUGUGGGAGUCGAACAUACGCCGAACGAGGAGGCUGGGCAGGAGCAGCACCUACUUCAACCCCAGAACUCGGAGCAGCAACCCAUGACGCCACUGACACCAAUCACCUACAACGACAUUCUCCGGGCAGUGAAGAAAAAUGCCAUCAUGAUGAGCCCUCCGCAAAGCGACAUCCUCUCACCUACGUCGCCUAGCCAGGCGGCACAAAAGAAGGGUAUCCUCGGCGGGCUAUCGGCGAGAAGGAGGAGCAUCAAGUUCACGGGGAGGGCUUAG